UCCGCCGGCGCCGCCUCAGUGGCUCUCGCACCGGGGCGGACAACACAUACGCUCAGCAGUGCCAAAGGACGACUCCGCAGCACGAGACACAGGAUGCGCGCUCUGCUACCCUUGCUGGUGGCAGUGGCCCUAGCGGCGACCGCGGUGUCGGCGCAAGGCUACGGGCCGCCUCGCAAGUCGCACAAGAAGCCGGUCAGCAGCACCACGCCCGCGCCGCUGCCCUCCAGCCCUGCCCCCGUGCAGCCUCCCAGUGAGGACGAGCUCCAGCAGAACUUGCUGCCCUCUGACUUCGGCCUCAGCAGUAACAAUGGCCGCUUCUGGUGGCAGCAGGGGGCCUUCAGUGGCGCCACCGCCUCCUCUAAUUCUGGAUCCAUAGCUGGACCAGGAUGUGGGCCGGGCUCGGCGUGCUCGCGGCCAGGGCCGGCCGGCACCACGGGCCAGUACGGCGAGUCCUCGCUGCUGCUGCCGGGGUCGCGGCCGGCCUCCGGCUGCGGCGGUGCGUCGGGUGGCGCCUGCGCACAACCCGGCUUCCCAGGUGCCCCAGGCACGACGGGAGCGUUUGGCGAGACGGGCCUGGGAGGCUACCCGCUGCCUGGCGCCCCCGGCACCACGGGGGCGCUGGGGGAGACCAGCCUGCAGGGCAACCCCUUCCUGAGCGGCCUCCUGCCAGGGGGCGGCGGCACCGUCCCCUGCAAGACCAGGAGCGGACACGCCUGCGUCCAGAAGACCCUCUGCAGCAACGGCAAGGUGCUGCCUGGCGUCAAGAUCAACAGCUACACGAUCCGUGACUGUAACGCCGCAUCAGAAGUCUGCUGCCAGCUGCAGACGGAAGUAUCAGGCGCAGGCACCGGUGGCACCUUCGUUGUAACAACGCCGCGGCCUGGAGUUACGGCGACAACACCGGGCCUUGUUCACAUACCGCCAUCCACUCCUGGCGGCCUCGUCCACAUUACACCUUCUCCUUUCCCAUCAGGUUCCACAGCCGUCCCAGGACAUGGUCUGGUACACAUUGCGCCUGGCCAGUACGGACCAAUAAGCCCAGGCUCUGGACAGCCAGGUCAACCUGGUAAACCUGGCACCCCUGGAACUCCUGGACAACCGGGGCAGCCUGGUCUUCCUGGACACAUUGGUUACCAGCCUGGGCAGCCAGGACAGCCUGGACAACCAGGAAAACCUGGGCUACCAGGUCAGCCUGGGCAACCUGGAUACCCUGGUCAGCCAGGACAGCCUGGUCAGCCUGGGACACAUGGACAACCAGGACAACCUGGCCAGCCUGGAUACCCAGCACAACCUGGACAGCCAGGUUAUCCUGGACAGCCUGGACAACCUGGGCAACCUGGAACACCAGGAUACCCUGGACAGCCUGGACAACCUGGGCAGCCAGGAUACCCUGCACAACCAGGACAGCCAGGAUAUCCCGGACAGCCUGGGCAACCUGGACAGCCAGGGUACCCUGCACAACCUGGACAACCAGGAUACCCUGGACAACCUGGACAACCUGGGCAACCUGGACAACCUGGUAAACCAGGAUACCCUGGACAGCCUGGACAACCUGGACAACCAGGAUACCCUGCACAACCUGGACAGCCAGGAUACCCUGGACAGCCUGGACAACCUGGGCAGCCAGGAUACCCUGCACAACCUGGACAGCCAGGAUACCCUGGACAACCUGGACAACCUGGAAAACCAGGGUACCCUGGACAACCUGGACAGCCUGGGCAGCCAGGAUACCCUGCACAACCUGGACAGCCAGGAUACCCUGGACAACCUGGACAACCUGGUAAACCAGGAUACCCUGGACAGCCUGGACAACCUGGACAACCAGGAUACCCUGCACAACCUGGACAGCCAGGAUACCCUGGACAACCUGGACAACCUGGAAAACCAGGGUACCCUGGACAACCUGGACAGCCUGGGCAGCCAGGAUACCCUGCACAACCUGGACAACCAGGAUACCCUGGACAACCUGGACAACCUGGACAACCUGGAAAACCAGGAUACCCUGGACAACCUGGGCAACCAGGAUACCCUGGUCAACCUGGACAGCCUGGACAACCUGGACAACCAGGAUACCCUGCACAACCUGGACAGCCAGGAUACCCUGGACAACCUGGGCAACCUGGAAAACCAGGAUACCCUGGACAGCCUGGCCAACCUGGACAGCCAGGAUACCCUGCACAACCUGGACAGCCAGGAUACCCUGGACAACCUGGGCAACCUGGACAGCCAGGCCAAACUGGCCACUCUGGAUACUAUCCAGGGCAGCCUGGAAAGCCUGGGCAACCUGGGACCCCUGGCCAGCCAGGUCUGCCUGGACAACCUGGAUUACCUGGGACACCAGGGCAACCUGGGCAACCUGGACAGCCUGGCCAACCUGGCCACUCUGGAUACUACCCAGGACAGCCUGGAAAGCCUGGACAACCUGGAACACCUGGCCAGCCUGGGCAACCUGGUCUUCCUGGGCAGCCUGGACAACCUGGACAGCCUGGGAAACCUGGUCAGCCAGGCUACACCCCUGGUAAACCAGGCAGUGUGACCCCUGGAGGAAUCCCCACUGGGCGUCCUGGACAACCUGUUGGAGUAGCUCCUGGCCAGCCUGGCUACAUCCCUGGCCAGCCAGGCCAGUUUGGUUUCAUCACUGGCCCCACUGCCCAGCCAUCACAGCCCACCUAUGUGUAUGGUCAGCAGCCACAGCAACCUGGACAGGUUCUCGUCCCUGUCAGACCAACAGGGACCAUAAACCGUCCCACUACCGGGUCUGGCUACUACGGAGUGCCCAUCGGUGGGUCCAUCUACGACACAGUGACGCCCGCAGGUGCCCAGAAGCCGUACACUGGUCCAUUGAACACCACGCCCCACCCAGGCUGCGCUGCCGCCCUCAAGUGCGUCUCCAUCAGCUACUGCACUGCUGAAGGCGUCAUGUCCAACACACCAGUCGUACUCACUCGCGAGCAGGAGGAGAAUCGUGUACCACUUACGGACUGCCAAGAUCCAGACACGGGCAUUAUCGGCAAGUGCUGCCGCGACCCCAACUAUAAGGACCCCUGGCCUGGCGGUAUGAUGAUGAAGACUCCCCAGCCGGACGAGUGCGCGCCGCUCGGGGCCACCUGCCAGCCCAGCUACCAGUGUGGGGCAUCCGCACGAGUGCAGCCCGUCAAGAACUGCAGAGUCGGCCUCGAUGGAUCGUCUGGCGUGUGUUGCCGGUUCCAGCCUAGUUCGGGCAACCCCUUCCUUACUGGUGGUGUGUUCACUGGCAGUACCAAGAAGCCAGAAUAUGGCUACGGACCAUCGUCUCCAUCUCCUGGCAAGCCACUAAAGACUCCAGGGCCCAACGUAAUUGUCCCUGGAGGUACCACUGCCGUUGGAUUUCCAGUAACAACGACGCAUUCUCCAUUUGGACAGCCAGGUUUCUCCACAACACCUUCCCCAGGUUCCUACAGACCUGGCUAUACCGUUACUUACCAGCCAGGGGCCUCCUCCACUCCAGGUGUGUACCAGCCUUCUGGUACUGCUGUCUACCCUGGUAGCUCGACCCCUGGUGUGUAUCAGCCAGGCUACUCCACUCCAGGAGUAUACCAACCGUCAUCUACACCAUCACCAUUCCAGCCAUCUGGCACACCUGGAUAUUCAAGUGGCACUACGCUGUCGCCUUACCAGCCAUCAUCUCAACCUGGUUACAGUACAACUCCAGCACCCUUCCAGCCUGCAGGUGGCACCAGGUUCCCCUCAGGUUCGAGACCCGGGGUAUUCCCAUCAGGCUCUACGCCAGGUGGCACUGUGUACCCUGGAUCGACCCCAUCAUCGUACCAGCCAGGUGGCGUGACUGGUUAUCCUACAGGUACCUAUGUACCAGGCAGCCAGACUGGCCAGGGAACACUGCCUGGUUUCCAAGGCCGCCAACCAUCUGGUACCAGCCUCGUAGUAGCCUACAGCAAGAUCAGCCCACCUACCUGCGGCAUUGGCACCAAACAGAGGCAGGGCGUGCCGGAGAACGACGCGGCGCCCGGCGAGUUCCCGUGGGAUGUGGUCAUCUUCUCUGACGAGCUGCAGUCGGCGCUCUGUGCGGGAGUCAUCGUCACCGAGAAGGCCAUCCUCACCACCGCCCACUGUGUCGAGGGCCGCGAGAGCUCCGACCUGACGGUGAAGGCGGGCCUGCAGUCGGUGGGCGGGCAGCCCGCGGCGCAGUCCCAGGUGGCCGCCACCAUCCGCCACCCCAACUUCGACCCCAACACGCAGUUCGACGACCUGGCGCUGCUGGUGCUGGCGGCGCCGCUGCCGCUGGGCGGCGCCGGCCGCCUCUCCGCCGUCUGCCUGCCGCUCUCCAGGGCCUCCGGGCCUUCCAACGGCUGCGUCGCCAGCGGCUGGACCAAGGCCGCCAUACAAGGCAAGGUUCGUGGAGCUGACGCCACGAUGCACCGGGUGCCGGUGAACCUGAUCGAGCCGGCCACGUGCCAGGACCUGCUGAGGAAGACCUACCUCGGCAAGUACUUCGUCCUCAACAAGAGCUUCGGCUGCGCAAUGCCGGCAACCUCCACGGCCAGCUUCUGUAUGGUUGACGCAGGUUCUCCAGUGACGUGCGAAGACGCGGCGGGCCACCAGGUCCUCCGCGGACUGUACAGCUGGGACGUGGGGUGCGCCGCUCCGUCGGCGCCAGCGUCGCUGUCCUCGGUGGACACCGCGUGGAUAGAGUCGGUGUUGGCCAUUCCCACCGACGAGCUGGUGCGCCAGGAGCUCAACGAGAUCCUGCGGCGCCAGCAGCUGGAGGAGCAGCAGCAGCAACUGGACACCGAGGGCAAGCCGGGCUUCGCACAGGGCUACGGCAAGUAGGCGGACCUCGGGGCCGCGAGGCAGCGUGCGGGGGAGGGCGCUUCAGCGCUUCGUCGGUGGCCACCGCUUUCCAGAGUCGAAUAGUGCAAACGACUUCCACUACUCCUCUUCAGAGGACUCCUCAUUCCUCACAAUACUGACUGUGAUCUGUGAUGUUUUCAUAUCUUCGCGCAAACUCAUUCAGAUGUUAUCAGUUCCAUUUUACAUGAAACCGUCGACACUGCAACUACUGGCAGCUUGAUGUACUCAUUUGGAAAUGUAGGGGAUACUAUCGCUUUGCAAGGGUAUUGCUUGUACGUAAUUUUUGGGACCCUCAACUUGCACGCUUGCCAAGUGUGGAUUUACACUCCUAAAGGAACGUCGGAGCGUCGAUAGCUCUUGUACAGCUUCUUCGUGCUACACCAUUGACGCUCCAGACGUUCCCAUUUGAAAUUCCUUAAUGGAAUGGCCAGUGCACAAAGAAAGUGUGGUGUGCUUUCUUUCUAAUCCUGCCAAUUAAUGUUUUUAAAUAAAACGUUUUGUAAACACGUUUUCGUAAUUUAUUUCCAGCAGCGAUUUCAUAAAUGUUUACUAAACUGACAAACGCUGAUGGAACAAAUUUUGCUGAGACUGACUCAUAAUGGUUUGACUACUCCCCGUGUAGGGGAGGAAUCUUUCACCUGUAAAGCAGGAAAAGGAAGCACGAAAUGAAGAUGAGAGAUUAGCUACAACUGUCAGUUUGACGACGAUGUGACACUUGUUUCGUUUUACUGAAAGCAACAGUUAAUUACAUUUUUAUUAUAAACAAUGGCCAGUUUACGGAUAUUCUACGUUUUAUGCUACAAACUUUGUGUGCAACAACCGAAAGAAACAAUGCUGCGUGAUUGAGUCAUAUGAUUCACUUAUUUUCUAAUAAAUUUACUGCUCAAACAAAAAUACUGCCUUAUAAAAAUCUCGAUAAUUUGUAACGAUUUUUUGUAAAAAUGAAUUGUAUUUUGCAGAGUACAUCUAAAGAUGAUAUGAUCUGAUUUUGUUACUGUAAUGCUUAAGCAAUAUUUACAAAUAAAGUAUGCGAAACAGUAAAUAAAAUGUCCUAUAAUAUUUGGGCAGUGUUUCAAUUACAUCCGGCACAAAAAAAAAAAAAAAACAACAGCCAGUCCUACAGAUGUUCAACAUGAAAUCUUCAACAGAUGCGCAGUUCCAACACAACGCAGGAAAGAAACUGAACCCACACUCACUUAUGUACUCACAAAUGCGAAUAAAAGUUGUUUCUUUGA